AUGUCUCUUGAAGAAAAACGAGAAAAAAUCAAUAAUGAAGUACAUGACACAGAAAUUGGAAAUUAUGAUAACUUUAAUAAAUCCUUGGAACGAAAAAUUGUUUGGAAAUACGAUAUUUACUUACUACGAAAUGCAGUCGUAGCAGGAUUUGAUGCUAAAUAUUUAAACACUAAUCCUAUUGACUUUAAUUGGGCUGUGGCAUCACUUCUUGUCUCAUACUUAAUUUUUGAAAUCCCAUCAAACCUAGUAAAUAAAAUCUUAGGGUUUCAUGUUUGGAUUCCGAUCAUUAUGGUGUGUUGGGGGAUUGCAUCUAUGUGCCAAGCGGCAGUUACAACCGUCAUUCAAUUAGGAAUUGUUAGAUUUAUUUUAGGAAUGGCAGAAGCAGGGUUUCCGCCAUCUGUAUUGGGAUAUCUUAGUUUAUACUAUGCCCGAAAAGAAAUGACUUUGAGAUACUCUGUCUUUCUAAUUUUCGUCAAUAUUGCUGGUGCUAUUAGUGGUAUCCUUGCUUAUUUUUUGGUUCAAGUACAAGGACCAUUAAAAGGAUUCCAGUGGUUAUUCAUAAUUGAUGGUAUUCCAACAAUCAUUCUUGCAAUAGUUAUUGCUAUAUUCUUAACUUCUGGUCCCGGUAAUGCUCGCUUCCUUACACCUCAGGAACGUAUUAUUGCUGUUGAUCGUUUAAAAUCAGAAGGUGGUCCUGGAGAAGUCGAUCGUAGCACUGCCCGAGCUCAGAUUAAACGUGCAUUAACAGAUAUCAGAGUUUAUAUUUAUUUUGGAAUAUUGGGAUUUGGUUCAAUUCCAUCCUUUGCUCUUAGUUUCUUUCUUCCAGUUCUAGUAAAACAACUUGGAUAUAAUGAUGUGCAAGCUCAAUUGAUGACCGUACCACCGUUUAUUUUUGCUACUAUUUGUAUGACCAUAAUUUCUUGGUUAUCAGAUAAAUAUCAAAUUCGAGCUUGGAGCAUAGUAGCUGGAGAUAUUAUGUCCAUUGUGGGAUUUGCAGGAAUUGUAGCCACGUCAGCAAUAGAUAAGAAUUUGUAUAAUUUAAGAUAUUUUUUUACUACUUUAUUGGCAUGUGGAGUAUGCACGGUGUUACCAGUAGCUUUUAGCUGGUUAACCUGUAAUAUUGUUGGUCAAUAUAAACGUAACGUAGCGAUCGGACUAGUUAUGGCUUCUACUUAUAUUGGAGGAAUCGUUGGGGUUUUAAUUUUCCCACUUAAUGAAGCACCCUCAUUUUAUAAAGGGAACAUGAUAUGUUUAAUCGCAGUGAUUAUUCAGUGUAUAUUGGCAAUUAUAUUGAAAUUUCAUUUAGACCAUAUUAAUAAGAAACGUGAUUUAGACUUAUUAUCUCGUCAUAACGUUAGCUUAAAUGGUAGUGAGUUAAGGAAUAGUAAAAAGAUUAGAGAAUUGGCUAUGAAAUUAGUAGAACAUGAACCAAAGUGUGAUGAA